UCAAAACUCAAGCUGAACUCAUAUCUCUGUUCAUUGUGACUUCUGGAGCAGGUGGAUUUAGGCUACACUAAAGACAAGUAAUGCAACAUCAAGCCUACCAACCCGUCGUGCCAUGUGUUAAUAAAUAUCUGCAAUAUCGAUGGGACAAAAACUGCUAUGAGAUACACAGGGACAAGGUUAAAUCUGCGAAACCCACAAUCAACACAUCUCCGCCGAAAACCUACAGCCAUCUACUUGUCAAGUUGAAGAAAAGCCAGCUUGAAGAAGAACGGGUUUCUAAAAUCAAAAGAGAAAACGAAAUGCUUCUACAUAAAAUGUCCCACAUAAUGCAGACCAAAGGGGGCGUUGACUGUAAAAAUAUUUAUGUGAAGAAAAGUCUUGGCUCAGAAAAAAAGACAACUGGAACUGCUCCACAUCACCAGAGAGAAUCAGCGCAUCCUCCAGCGUUUGUCGACCUGCAGGCCGCGUUACAGCGUUCAGGCGUGGCAGGAGCAGUGGCUCAGGCACCUGGAGCUCAUGGAGGCCAUAGGCAGAUAUCCGCGUUUCUUCAGCGCACAGGGGUCCUACUUGCCACCUCUGUGAACAGACUAUAAGACGAUGGAUCAGUCGUCUGUUCACAUGGGAAAUGAAACGAAGAAGUUUGAUGAUGAGAAGACGAAAUGUGAACAUAUGUUACAUCUGCAAAUGCUGUCUAAUUGAUUUGAUUCGUAAACACGCUUUAUACUGGACUAUUGAUUUGGUAAAUCAAAUCUAAAUCAUACCCACUAGGUGUCGCUGUAUUCUGCCAAUCUUCUGAGUUAAUUAGAGAUUAAAGGGAUAGUUCAUCCAAAAAUGAAAAUUUACUCACUAUUAAUUCGCCCACAAGUGGUUAUAAACCUUUAUGAGAUUCUUUUUUCGGUUGAGCACACAACAAAAAAAAAUUGAAGAAAACUGAAACUAAUGACCAUUCAUUCAUUCAUUUUCUAUUAGACUUAGUCCCUUUAUUAUUGCCACACAAAAAAAUGAACCGUCAACUUAUUCAAUUUUUUUAAGCUUACCUAAUUCACCUGUAGCGUAUGUCUUUGGACUUGUGGGGAAAACCGGAGCACCCAGAGAAAACCAACGUGAACGCGGGGAGAACAUGCAAACUCCACACAGAAAUGCCAACUGAUCCAGCCGUGGCUUAAACCAGUGCCCUUCUUGCUGUGAGGCGACAGCACUACUGCCACUCAUAUAUGAAAAACUAAUUUUAUGGAAGUUUCCACAUUUCUGCUUCGUUCUAAUCUUCGUUUGUGUUCAACUAAAGAAAGAAACUCAAGUAGGUUUGGACCAAGUUAAUGGUGAGUAAAUGAUGACAGAGCUUUCACUUUAACAACUAAUUUCUAGUUUGACCUCUUAUAUUAUUUGAACUAAAUAAUGAAGUUAUAAUUGUGUAAAAUAGGGUAAACAGGUUGUUAAAACAUCUUAACAAUAAAAUAACUACAGCUCUGUUGUAUUUCCUUUUAUUUAGAAUGUGUUCUAUUUGAUUACAUUUUUUAUUCUGAGAAAAAAAAGGUUAAACUAAAAAUUACAGAAUAUGCCCACUCAAAUUUUGUCAGAUAUAUCAUAGAAUAAGAUUAAGGUAAAAGGUGGUUUUAUAUUCGCACAUUCAUUCAGUGACAACUUGUGACAUGUUCCCUAUAUUGUUUACCAUGCUACUGUUCGAAAUCACAUGCAAGUAUGACUUCAAAACAACAUUAGCACUAUAUUUGAAUGUGAACAAUGUUGUACUUUAAUAGUCUUUGGCUGCUUAUAUGACUUCCCCAUUUAGAAUGUGCAAAGAAUACUUUUUUGAAAUUAUAUUAUUUAGGAUGAAGUCUGAAUGUGUGAGUAUAAACCUAACUUUACCUCAAUUAGAACAAUUAGAACUAAAAGAACCAUUAGUACAGUAGGUUAAUUAUAAUUUUACAUAUUUCCACCACAAUCCUUUAAACCCCUAUUUAUUUGUAACUAAUUUAGCUAUGAUCAAUUAUUCUUUUAGACCAUACAUAAUAAGUAUCAGAAGGUUCCGGGUUAUAUAGGCUGCAUGUAUGUGCUAUGUUGAAUUUAUUUAAAACAAUAUUUUACCAAUGCUGUGGGAUUUCAUUUUCUUAAAAGUUUAAGUUGAAACAUUAAAGUGGACCCUUUACUUGCAGUCAGUAUUAUUUGCAUGUAUAUUGCCUGCACAAUAUUGGAAAAAUCUGACAUUGCAAUAUUUAGUUUUUCAGCGAUAUAUAUUGUGAUAUAAAUGCAAUUUCACCAGAUGGCUUAGAUAGCUUUAUUCGGGGAAAACAAUCUUAAAUUCAGAUUGAUUGGGGUGGUUUUGUAAGGGUGUGAAUCAUGUAUAAAAUUAUCAAACCAAUUGCAAUCAAGAAGAAUUACAAUAGGUCAAACAAAAAAGUCAAAUAAACAGUGCUUUAUGGUUUUUGGAGGCUCAAGCAGUAUUCAGGUGCAGAACUUGAAUAAUAAAAUGUAAAAUAACA